ACAUUUUCCCCAUGGGAGUAGUUGCAAUAGUAUUAGGGCGCGUCCAGAGCAUAACCCUUCGCGGCUUUCACCACCUGAAAUCUGAAACAAAAUCGGUUACGAUUUGAGAAAGCCGUUUAUGGCAGAAGACGAGGACGAGGACGUAACGAAUACAUCUAGAGAGACAGAGCCGGAGACAGAUUAAUCGGAAAAAUACCAAGCCGUUAGAGAGAGAGAGAGAGAGAGAGAGAGAGAGAGAGAGAGAGAGAGAGGGUAUGGGGAAGGGGCCUUUGUCCUUCAGCCGGACGACCAGCCGCCGCCGCGCGAAGAAGUCGGCGGAGCCACCGCAGGCGGCGGGGAUUGAGGUCAUGGCCCUCGCGGCGGCGGCGUCCGCCAACAACUCGAUCGCGGCGGCCGUGGUGUCGGCGGCGGGGAAGCCGAAGAAGAAGGCUGGCGGGGCGAGGCUGUGGAUGCGGUUCGACCGGUUCGGCCAGUCGGAGCUGAUCGAGUGCGACAAGAGCACCAUCAUCAAGCGCGUGUCCAUUCCGGCUAGGGAUUUGAGGAUCCUUGGCCCCGUCUUCUCUCACUCCUCCAAUAUCCUAGCAAGGGAGAAAGCCAUGGUUGUCAAUUUGGAGUUCAUCAAGGCUAUAGUUACUGCUGAAGAAGUGCUGUUGCUUGAUCCUCUCCGGCAGGAGGUUCUUCCAUUUGUGGAUCAGCUGAGGCAACAAAUUCCUCAUAAAACCCCGUCCAGAAUACAAGGAGGGGGACAAACGACUGCACAAGACAAUGAAAUGCAUUUGUCAACUGGGGGACAAUGGUUACCUGUUCCCGAAGCCGUGGAAGGUUUGCAGUGUGAACUCCCUUUUGAGUUUCAAGUUCUUGAGAUUGCAUUGGAGGUUGUUUGUACAUAUUUGGACUCAAGCGUGGCAGACCUUGAGAGAGAUGCUUACCCUGUGUUGGAUGAACUGGCGAGGAAUGUUAGCACCAAAAAUCUUGAGCACGUACGGAGUUUGAAAAGCAAUCUGACCCGUCUGCUUGCACGGGUACAAAAGGUGCGUGAUGAAAUUGAACAUCUUUUAGAUGACAAUGAGGAUAUGGAGCAUUUGUACUUAACAAGGAGAUGGAUUCAAAGUCAGCAAUCUGAGGCUUUGUUAGGAGCUGCAGUUUCAAAUAGCAUUGUCAGUGGUGGACCGCAUCUUCGGCAUAUUAAUUCUAACAGGAGCGCAAGUUUAAUGUCGAGCAACUAUGUGGAUGAUCAUGACGUGGAGGACUUGGAGAUGUUGCUUGAGGCUUAUUUCAUGCAAUUGGAUGGGACUCGUAACAAGAUGUUAUCUGUUCGCGAGUAUAUUGAUGACACUGAGGAUUAUGUAAAUAUCCAGCUUGACAACCAACGAAACGAACUCAUUCAACUCCAGUUGACACUGACGAUUGCAUCUUUUGCUAUUGCAGUCGGGACAAUGAUUGCUGGGGCAUUCGGUAUGAACAUCCCGUGUCAACUGUACGAUAUUGAUGGGGUAUUCAACACUUUCGUUGGAGUUCUUACUGCUUCCUGUGUCUUACUUUUCCUGCUUGUUCUUGGAUAUGCCAGAUGGAAGAAGCUGCUUGGAUCAUGAUUUCCCUCAUAAUCUAUUACUCCUGUCUUAUAUACAUUACAGAUUUAGAGAUUUAAUUUCUUCCUCCUUCCUUGGAAAAUCUUCUAGUUAUAAACUGCAGUUCAGGUCCAUAUCAAAGUGCCUUUUGUCUGGUAUAUUUAUUUAUUAACCAUUUGUUGUAUACUAUUAGUUAAGGUUGAUUAUGUCAAGCGAGGGAUGUGUCGUAAUCUGCUUCGAUCA